GGAAGAUAACCUUCCUCAUGACUGAGCACAUACAGGUGCAGGACUCACGACGCGACUUGACCCUCCCACUGUUUAUACCCGAAGUUAAGAGAAUGGGUGGCCAGAGUCGAGAUUACCUCGGCGAUCCGACAUCGCCUUCCUCAUACCCUGGUUUGAGUGCGCGGCGGUCAAUGUUCUUACGCGUUGGUGCUGCCUUCUUCGCAGGAUUCUUCGUAUGUCUGGCUGUGGUUGCGCAAUAUGCCUCAUCAAACCAAUCAUGCUUGCCAUUUUCAUUCUUCACUGCUUUACUGCCUACGCAUGCAGGAACACCCGAAUGGCAUCAAUACCCUCCGGCUGAGCCAACCAACGCGUUUCCCUCCAUGUUUCCAUCUAGUGUUGGCUAUCCGGGUCCAACACAAGCAGGUGCCGAGCCCGGCGUAGCUGCUACAGCUCCUUCCUAUCCUUUGCAUUCUGGUUUAGUGCACCUUGUAUCCCCUACACGUUUUUCUCAGGACAACGCAAAGGCCGGAACGAAGGACUUCGAUAUUUUCCGUAGCUGGGGAAGCUUAUCUCCGUGGUACUCCAUCCAACGUGGAAAAUUUGCCCCCGAUACCUGCAACAUCACUGGCGUGCAUCUUCUACAUCGUCAUGCUAGAGGUACUGGACCGGGUGGGUUCGCCUUGAAUGUCACAGCUACUGGGCCUCUUUCAUUUUUGGACGACUGUUGUACGACCUCGGGCGUGUCAAUGCGCAUGAGAUACGGGUUCCUUCUGAAGAAUUUCAGCGAAACAAAUACCUUGCCUGUAUUCAGAACGGAGUCCCAAACCCGGAUGUUAAACUCUGCGCAAAACUUUGCUCUCGGAUUUUUUGGUUACCCUCUCGAGGGCCAGUAUCAACAACAGAUCAUGAUCGAAGCCGAAGGUUUCAACAAUACUCUUGCCCCUUAUCGAUCUUGCGCCAAUAAUGACGUUCCCAGUGGGGGCUACCGCGGCCAACCAUAUGCUGAUGCAUGGAAAGCAGUGUACCUCAAGGAUACCGUUCCUCGUUUGCAGCAAUACCUUGAUGGUUUUGAAUUGGAUGUUGAAGAUGUUUACGCCAUGCAAGAAUUGUGCGCCUUCGAGUCGGUUGCUCUUGGUUAUUCCAAGUUCUGCGAACUCUUCACGGAGAAGGAGUGGGAAGGCUUCGAUUAUUCAUACGAUCUCAACUUAUGGUACGGUGUAGCUUGGGGCUCACCUGUUGGUAGGGGAGAAGGAAUUGGCUAUGUGCAAGAGCUCGUGUCUCGUCUCACUCAGACGCCGAUUGAAACGCACAAUAGUUCUACUAAUGCGACCCUUCAUAACGCUGUCACUUUCCCCUUUGGACACAGUCCUUUAUUCCUUACCGCAUUGAACAUUUCGAGCUUCGCGGCGAUGGGACCAUUGCCUACUGAUCGUAUUCCAGAACGGCGUACGUUUAGGACAGCAGAGCUUGCUCCAUUCGCAACCAAUGUACAGUUCCAGCUCCUAUCGUGCUCCACGGAACACGAUCCACAAAUUCGUGUGAUCGUCAAUGAUGGUGUUACGCCCCUGGCGAAUCUGAAAGGGUGUCGAGAUCAUCCAGAUGGUAUGUGCUCGAUCCAUGCAUUCAUCGACGCGCAGAAAGAGAACAUUCGGAGUACGGACUGGGACUUCGUUUGUAACGCCGAUUGGACGAUCCCCGAUGGAUGGGAAACUACCACGGGCUACCCUCCUCUUUAGAUUCGCUGCCAAGCGCGCAUGCAUUCUAAUACCAUAAAGCACUAAUGUGUUGUCGAUAAUAAUUUGGCAAAGAGCCAUGCCCGCGAAUAUUAUCAUGAAUUACCCGGAUGUCGGCAGUCACUUCACCAAUCCAUAACCUGGCCUUCUGUUUCUCUAAACGAUCUUCUCCUGUUGGGUCGGUGGCUUAACAGUCAAACUUCUGCAGCGCAGCCACGCUCGGUGUUUCAGACAUGUAGAGCCUGCUAGUCAACCUGCAGAAGAAGAUGAUUACUAUGGUUGUUGGGGCGACUUUUAUCUCGCGUUAAGGUGCAUCCUGCGCCGCCUACUUCGGGUCAAAUAUAUGAUUCGGGCUGCUGUCUCGUGAGAUUUAAUCUGCAUAGGGAACUUUUCCUCUUCUGUUUUGUGUCUGGAUCUGCC